GAAUAAAAGUUAAUCGCAAAUCGUCUCUAAUUUUUAUAUAUAAAUCAAUUUAACCCACAGAAAGGAGAGGAAAAAUGCCAAAAGAUAAAAAACAUAAGAAACGCGAACAUAACGAUCGCCACAAACAUAAAUCUAAAAAGGAUCACAAACGUAAAAAGAAAAAUAGAUCGAGCUCAUCGUCUGCUAGCUCUGAGGAAGCUAUCUUAACAAAAAGCAUCGCACUGCUUAAAAGAUUGGAAGAUAGACGUAUAAAGGAUGGAUUAGAAAGGAAACGCAUAAAAGAAGAAUUGAAAGCAAAAGAAACACCUGAACAGAAGCGUGACCGACGCCUACGCGAAAAAGAAGCUAAGGAGGUUAGAAGACGUCAACGUAUGGGCUGGGAUAAUGAAUAUCAAAAUUAUACAGAUCAAGAUAAUCCGUUUGGUGACUCAAAUUUAACAUCAACUUUUGUAUGGAAUAAGAAAUUGCAAAAAGAAGGUUUAAAAGAUGUACCCAUGGAAACGGUGGAGGCCAUUAACAGGCAAAAACAAAUGGAAAAUAAAUUAGAAUUAGAGAAAGUAAAAAAGCGUCGAAUAGAACGUGAGAUGGAACGGCAAGCCCGCGAUGAAGAAUUGGUCUUGCAGCAGCGACAAAAAGAAGCUGCCCAGUUCCAUGAGUGGGAAAAACAAGAAGAUCAAUUCCAUUUAGAGCAGGCACGACUACGCAGCGAAAUACGUAUACAAGAUGGGCGGGCAAAGCCAAUCGAUUUAUUGGCCCAAUAUAUAUCAAGUACGAAGUUGGAGGAUUCCAGCGCCAUUGAAAUGCAAAUGCAUGAGCCUUAUUUUAUAUUAACAGGGUUAAGUAUAAAAGAUUUGGACGAUUUGUUGGUUGAUAUACAUGUCUACAUAGAAUUAGAAAAAGGAGAACAUAUGGACUUUUGGAAUGACAUGACUAUUAUUGUAAAAGACGAGCUGCAAAAGAAACGGAAGCAAGCAGAAUUUGAUGAAGCAGUUGCCUCCCGCCGUGGAGGUAUACACGAAAGCGUCGUUAAAGACGUAACCGGCAUUUUUCGCAAUAAAACCAUAGCUCAAUUGGAUGAACUGCGUUCAAAAAUAGAAGACAAAAUCAAUAUGCGAACCGAAGGCGUGGAUAUAAGUUAUUGGGAAAAUAUAUUAUCCCAACUGAAAGCUCAUAUGGCACGAGCACGAUUAAGGGAUUAUCAUCAAAGGAAAUUAAGGGAAAAAUUGGAUUUACUGAAAACAUCUAAUCCUAAAGAGGAAGAAUAUAACCACUCACCGCAAGAACCCAACGAACAGCCCGAUAAAGAGGAUCAUGUAGAAGAGAAAGCUGAUAUACCUGAGGAUAUCCAUCAAAGAGAUUCCUUUAAGUUGUAUGAUGAGGGACAAUAUAGCCCGAAGUAUAUUACUUCACCAACUAUGCUAUCAAAUAUAAUUAAUAUUAUCAAUGAAGACGAGGAUGAGGAAAAUUUAUCGAAUCUACGCCAAGAAUUAUUGGAAAGAAAUCAAGAAAAUACUUUAUAUUCUCAGGAAGAAUUGCAAAUGCGCUUGGAAGCUAAACGUGGUAUGUCAGGUGAUGAAGUCGAAUUCUCAGUGGAAAUGCCAGUCGACAAUAGUGCUGCCAUUCAACUGGCUACUGAUAAAUAUCGACCUCGAAAGCCACGUUAUUUUAAUCGUGUACAUACCGGUUUUGAGUGGAAUAAGUACAAUCAAACCCAUUACGACAUGGACAACCCACCGCCUAAAAUUGUCCAAGGUUAUAAAUUCAAUAUCUUCUAUCCUGACUUAAUUGACAAAUCAAAGACACCCCAGUAUUACUUAACUCAGUGUGAGGAUAAUUCAGAUUUUGCCAUAUUACGCUUUCAUGCUGGUCCGCCUUAUGAAGAUAUUGCAUUCAAAAUUGUGCAUCGUGAAUGGGAAUUCAGUUACAAGCGCGGUUUCCGUUGUCAAUUCCAUAAUAAUAUCUUUCAGUUAUGGUUCCAUUUUAAGAGAUAUCGUUAUCGCAGAUAAAGUCUUAAUAAAAUUGAAACCUUUUUGGCUUUUCUCAAGUACACAUUUCAUUUUGCUUUGUUCAGUUACACUUUAUUGCACAAAAAACUUGAUUCAAAGCUUUUAAUAUCUAAUUAUAAAAAAAAAACGCAUUAAAUGUUGUAAAAUAAAAAAAAAA